AUGUUGAGCCGAUUAGACAUGUCUGACUCGCAAGAUACGGUGAGUAGUGGGUCAGCUUUUAGAGAUGAUGAGGGGGAUAAAGAGGUGGUGGAAGAGAUGUAUGAGGCAGCCGAGCAAAUGGGCGAGGAUAUGCCCAUUGGUCUUAGGGGGAACUUUGAGUACCGAGGUGCCAAAGAGAGGGUAAGAUUUGAGGAAAUGGAGGGUAUUGACCAGAGUGGUGAGGGUAAUGACCGGGGAGACCAGGGAGGGGUGACAGUUGCAGAGCAAGGAAAAAGGGAAGAUCAGUUGGAGGCCAGGAAUAUAGGCACGAGGGUAGUCUCAAGCUUGGGUGGGGAGAUCGAAUCAAAUGUAAAGAUGGAACUGGCAGAGGGAGGAUGGUCAACCAAUGAACACUCGAGGACCAAGACACAGCAGAAGUUAGAUCGAUUGAGGGCAGAGUAUGCUAUAUCGAGCAGUGUUAAACUUAGGGCGCCGAUCGAAGAUGAGAAGCCAAGCACGCCCCUUCUAGGAUGGGUGACCUUGUGUGCAGACAUGCUGAAGUCGGGGGUUUGGCUGCCCUUAUCUCCCUUUUUGCAAGAGUGGAUGAGUCAGCUCGGUGUAGCCCCCCACCAAAUGAAUCCAAACGUGUACAGGACCAUGGUAAGUGUCCAAGCGUUGUGGCGGCGAGUACACAAGUCAGAGCCGACCAUAAACCAGAUGUUGCAUUGCUUUCUGUUGAAGAUGAGUUUGUACCAGGUCGGCUUCUGCUACCUUCAGAGUGCAGUGGGGAAGAUAAUUGAAAGUAAUCCAUCCUCUCAAAAGACAUGGAGACCGCACUGGUUUUAUGCGUCAGAUGCGUGGGAAUUUGCUGAGGGGGUAGAGUCGAGGUGUUCUAGGAUACAAAGGCGCUUUAGAAUUCCAGGUCAGGAACAAGUGAACCAGGUGCUUGCCUUGCCUAGUACCGAGAGAGCCGCAGAUAGACUACUUUCAAGUGAAGGUUUGAUCAACUCUGCAGGCCAAGCCAAUGAAGAUGGCCAGGAAGGGUUCGUUUGGUGGGUCGGCUGGGAGUUUGCAGUUAGCUCAGGUAGAGGCCUCUCCCACAUGUUGAUGGCUCGAAGCCAGGAGACUAGUGUGGCUACAACUCCUGCUCGAGGAGCUCAGAAGAGGCGGGCUGAUGAGCAACGGCCCUGGGACACAUGGAAAAGAAGAGUUGAAGAAGAGCCGAGGAGGGAGAGCGAGAUGAGGCAGGUGAGCUCAUCUGCGCCAGAGGCUGGUAGGAGGAUGAUUGUGGACCCUGUGAGUGGUCCACUGGAGCCUUGGGUGGACGGGGAGGUGGUGGUCAGCUCGUACUAG